AAAAGCACUCACGCAGUCUGGGCUGGGUCUGCUUGCUGCUUACAAGGAGGGGGACUCUUGUAUUCAUGGUGGUGCAGUGAUAACCUGAGUGCUUUUUUCCCUUUUUUUUUGUCCUUUUCCCCUUUUCUUUGGGCACAAGGAAGGCUCAUGUCUUUCUUCUAGACAUGAUGAGCUUCGUGCAUUUAAGGACUUUCCUUUUUCUAAUCGUCUGCGGGGCUCAGGUUUUCAUUGUUUCAUGUCAAGACGAGGACAGUGGAGAUGACUUGGGCUGCGUAGCAGACGGCCAGACGUACGUCAACAAGGACAUCUGGAAGCCAGAGCCAUGUCGGAUCUGUGUGUGCGACAACGGCCAGGUCUUGUGUGAUGAGAUCCAGUGUGAUGAGCUGACUAACUGUGAGAAAGUGGUCAUCCCCGAUGGCGAGUGCUGCCCUAUAUGUCAGGGUGACUCACCCAGCAGCGGCGGACAGCCGGCCUUUGGAGAUGGGGGCAGGAUCUAUAAGGGUCAGAAGGGCGAGCCUGGAGAUGUCCCACUGGUAACUGGAAUUAGAGGCCGUCCUGGACCUAUGGGACCCCCAGGCCCUGCAGGACACAGAGGACCUCGUGGACACAAAGGACGGCCUGGACUGCGGGGCACUGCAGGUUACGAUGGAGAGCCUGGAGUACCAGGUCAGCCUGGAGAACCAGGACCUCCAGGACAUUCUACACACCCUGGAGGUCUGGGAGCUGAGAUGGCCGGACUGUCAGAGGGAAAAAUGGGACCUCAGGGCAUGUUAACAGGCUCAAGGGGAGAUGUUGGGGCGAGAGGACCUCCUGGGCCAAAUGGCUCACCUGGUCAAUCUGGACCAGCAGGACCUCCUGGAGAUGUUGGUGAUCCAGGACAUAUGGGACCACCUGGACAGAGGGGACCCGAGGGCCCUCCAGGGAAACCAGGAGAAGAUGGGGAGUCAGGAAGACCAGGAAAUACAGGAGAAGUUGGAUUCCCAGGAUCACCUGGAUCCCGAGGAUUUCCAGGAACCCCAGGACCUCCUGGACUGAAGGGUCAUCGGGGCCAUGGUGGACCUAUUGGCCAAAAAGGUGAAACUGGAGCUGUUGGAUCCAAGGGUGCUACAGGACCAUCUGGUCCAAUGGGAGCACCUGGACCCAUGGGUCCUGCUGGAAUGACAGGAGAGAGAGGACGUCCUGGACCCGGUGGUAUUGCUGGUAAGCGUGGCCCAAUUGGUAACGUUGGGAAACCUGGUCCAAUGGGUCCCUUGGGUCUCAAUGGACCACCGGGAUAUCCUGGAGUCCCAGGAAUGAAGGGACAACCUGGCCCCACAGGAGUCCGUGGUCCAGAGGGCCCCCAGGGACAGAGAGGAGAGACCGGUCACCUUGGCAGACCUGGACCAGUCGGCCUCAGGGGACCCAUGGGCACAGAUGGUGGUACAGGUGCCAAAGGACCACUGGGUAAUGUUGGCCCACAAGGUCCAGGCGGCCAUGCAGGACCCUCUGGCCCACCAGGACCACAGGGAAGCACUGGGCAGCCUGGUAUCAAAGGACAACUGGGAGAUGUUGGUGUGCCAGGAUUUAAAGGAGAAGCUGGACCCAAAGGAGAACCUGGUCCUCCAGGAUCUCAGGGAGUGCUUGGACCUCAGGGUGAAGAAGGAAAGCGUGGACCACGUGGUGACUCCGGCUCUGUUGGCCCUCCAGGUCCUGUGGGAGAAAGAGGAGCUCCUGGUAACAGAGGAUUCCCUGGUGCUGAUGGUUUGCCAGGACCCAAGGGUGCUCAAGGAGAUCGUGGAAUUUCUGGACCUCCAGGGCCCAAGGGUUCACUGGGAGACCCUGGUCGCACAGGAGAGCCUGGUCUACCAGGUGCAAGGGGUCUCACUGGUACUCCAGGAGUGCAGGGAGCAGAAGGAAAGCCAGGACCAUUGGGAGCCCCAGGUGAAGAUGGGCGUCCAGGCCCUGCAGGAUCCAUUGGAAACAGAGGACCAGCAGGAACCAUGGGGGUUCCAGGCCCUAAAGGCUUCGCAGGUGACCCAGGAAAGACAGGUGAACAAGGAUCUCCAGGUGUAGCUGGUCAAAGAGGUCCUCCAGGGAAAGAUGGAGAAGUUGGACCUGCUGGACCCCCUGGCCCAGCUGGUGUUGCAGGAGACAGAGGAGAACAGGGACCUCCAGGUGUUAAUGGAUUCCAGGGCCUUCCUGGGAAUCAAGGCCCUCCUGGAGAAUCUGGAAAACCCGGCGACUUAGGUAUUCCUGGAGAGCUCGGUCCUGUGGGACAGAUCGGACCAAGGGGAGAGCGAGGAACUCCAGGGGAGAGAGGAGAGCUGGGUCCAACUGGCUUGCAGGGACCUAAGGGGAUACCUGGUGCACCUGGUCCUGACGGUCCAAAGGGUAGUCCUGGUCCUCCUGGUGCGCUUGGUGAUGUUGGCCCUCCAGGUCUUCAGGGAAUGCCAGGAGAGAGGGGCAUCUCUGGCCCCCCUGGGCCCAAAGGUGACAGAGGAGCAGUUGGUGAGAAAGGAUCAGAGGGCACAGCUGGAAAUGACGGAGCAAGAGGAGCCCCAGGUCCUGUUGGCCCACUUGGACCUGCUGGGCCCAGUGGAGAGAAGGGAGAACCUGGACCCAAGGGACCAGCUGGACCACCAGGAUCUAGAGGAGUGCCGGGUGCAAGAGGUGACCCUGGUCCCAUAGGUGCUGUUGGAUUUGCUGGACCUCCUGGCCCUGAUGGCCAACCUGGAGUCAAGGGAGAGCCUGGAGAGCCCGGUCAGAAAGGAGAUGCUGGAUCACCAGGACCUCAAGGCCUGGCUGGUGCUCAUGGACCUCCUGGCCCACCUGGUGUUGCUGGAUUGAAAGGUGGAAGAGGAACUCAGGGAGCACCAGGCCCCACUGGUUUCCCAGGAUCUGCAGGAAGAGUUGGUCCUCCUGGCCCUACUGGUCCAGUUGGAGAGCCUGGAGCCAUUGGUCCACCUGGAAAAGAGGGUCCUAGAGGUCUUCGUGGAGACCAUGGACCCCCUGGAAGACAAGGAGAGAGAGGACCAGCAGGACCACCAGGCACACAAGGAGACAAAGGGGACUCUGGAGAGGACGGACCCACGGGUCCUGAUGGUCCUCCAGGCCCAGCUGGAACUACAGGACAGAGAGGCAUUGUGGGUCUUCCUGGUCAGAGAGGAGAGCGUGGGAUGCCUGGACUUCCAGGCCCAGCGGGUCCACCAGGAAAACAGGGAUCUACCGGAGCAGCUGGAGAUAAGGGUCCCCCUGGCCCAGUUGGUUCUCCUGGACUGAAUGGACCUCGUGGUGAUCCUGGCCCUGAUGGCCCUGCAGGAUCUGAUGGACCUCCAGGCAAAGAUGGAGUUCUUGGUCAACGGGGAGACCGUGGAGAUUCAGGUCCGGAAGGCUUGAUUGGUCCUCAGGGACUUCCAGGCCCUCCAGGUCCUGUUGGAGUACCAGGUGAUGCUGGAAAGAGAGGAGAGGCUGGCUCAAGAGGACCUGUUGGCCCACCUGGCUCAGCUGGGAAGAGAGGACUAGUGGGACCUCAAGGACCAAGAGGUGAUAAGGGUGAUCUUGGAGAUCAUGGCGAGAGGGGACAGAAGGGCCAUCGAGGCUUCACUGGUCUGCAGGGUCUUCCUGGACCUCCAGGUACCACAGGUGAGCAGGGAGCUCCAGGAAUCGUUGGACCAGGUGGUCAAAGGGGGCCUCCUGGACCUAUUGGACCUCCUGGAAAAGAAGGAUACCUUGGCCAACCAGGACCCAUGGGACCUCCUGGAACUCGUGGAAUCAGUGGAGAAAUUGGACCAGAGGGCCCUCCAGGAGAGCCUGGACCUCCUGGCCCCCCAGGUCCUCCAGGACCCCCCAUGGCAGCCAUGGAUGAUCUGUUCGGCGGCCCUCACGAUUACGAAGACGCCCCUCCUCCUCCUCCUGAGUUCAGCGAGGAUGAAGCUCUCCCCAACAGCAACUCCUCCACCAUCUUGGCCGUGGACCCUGGCGUGCAGGCCACCCUGAAGGCCCUCAGCAGCCAGAUCAACAGCAUGAAGAGCCCCGACGGCAGCAAGAAGCACCCCGCCAGGACCUGUGAUGACCUCAAGAGAUGCUACCCCUUGAAGAAGAGCGGCGAGUACUGGGUGGAUCCAAACCAAGGCAGUGUGGAGGACGCCAUCAAAGUGCACUGCAACAUGGACACCGGAGAGACCUGCAUCUCCGCCAGCCCCGCCAGCAUACCUCGUAAAGUGUGGUGGACGUCUUCCAGGAACAAACCUGUGUGGUUUGGAGCUGACAUGAACAGCGGAACACAUUUCACCUACGGAAACAAAGAUCAGCCGGCUAACUCGGUCACAGUUCAGAUGACUUUUAUCCGCCUGCUCUCCAAAGAAGCCUCCCAGACCAUCACCUACCACUGCAAGAACACGGUGGGCUACAAGGACGAGAAGAUGGGCAACAACAAGAAAGCUGUGAUCCUUAAAGGCUCCAACGACCUGGAGCUCAAAGCAGAGGGAAACAACCGCUUCAGAUACACAGUGUUGGAAGAUUCCUGCACACGAGCAAAUGGCCAGUGGGGCAAGACAGUGUUUGAGUACAGGACACAGAAAACAGCAAGACUUCCUAUUGUGGACAUUGCCCCUGUGGACAUUGGCGGCUCAGAUCAAGAGUUCGGCGUCGACAUCGGGCCAGUGUGCUUCCUGUAAAAUCGCCAGCUGGGACGCGUCGAGGAGAAUCCUGAGACUUUUGAACUGACAGCUGAUGCGAUCAGCCACAUUGUACAUACGAGUACUGAGGACUAUUGUGGCCCUGUGGCAAGAUAUUUAUUGUGCCUUCAACCCAGAUCAAGACAUCGAAGAUUUGUACGUUAGGAUGAAUGUUAAAGAAAUUAGAAAACAUCAGAAUCAUUCCUGUUGUAUGUGUGUUUGACUUUAAGCAUGAUGCAUUCAGUGCUAACUCUUUGAUAGUGUAAUUUAGUCCAAAUAUUUGACCCCUUAACUUUAUUUCAUAGCAUAAAUUUGCCAAAGAUGUAAGGAUGCGAAAGCUUUAAAUUUGUAACUGCUGUUUAUAGGCUGAAAUUCCCACCGACGCUAUGUUAAAUGUUCUGCCACACCCUUUUUUUUUUUUUUUUUUUUUUUUUUUUUUUUUUUUUUUUUUUUACAAAUUUGUCUUCCUUUUUUGUUCUAAAUGUUUAAAAAUAAAACAUUGUGGUGCUAUAGAGGAAACAUACGGCCGAUGAUGCCUUCUCUGGCGCAGGUAUUUUCCAAAGACAGUUUUGAUGAUCCUUGUCUGUAUCCAGAUUCUGUACCGACAUACGUGGAACAUUAAAGACGCAUUGAGACUGUCGUAUUCCUCAGUGUUAGCUACCUCGUCACUGAAAACGGAGAACCGAUGACACUACGUGUAAAUCUUGUUUUCACAGGUGCUGUUUUUGUAAGUAGUGUGAUCCUUGUGCACUUCUCCCGGCUGCGCGGUACAGGGCAGGGUUUGGGGAUACCAAUAAAGAUCUUUCUGUCAACGAUGGAGAGAUGAAUGAGGUGUCGUGUGAGUGGUGUGUGGUGAUUUGUAACUGUAUUUUCCUUUCUUACAGUAAAAGGUAGCACAGAAUAUUCUAUUUUUAUGCAUGUCAGUUCCCCCUUUUCAGUAUCCUGGACUUAUAUGCUCUUGAAAUCCUUUUUUAUAAUCAGAAUAAGGUGGCUGUUUGCUUUGUAUUUCCUGCUAUGCAACAAAUUAAACAGAAUGCUUGUUAAUCCCCCCAAGCUCCUGUCAUAUUAAUUCAGGUAUAGUCAGGUUUUUAAUGUCUGUCAUUUUGCACACAAACCUUUUCUUGACAUAUUUGUAGUUUUAAAAAACAUUUAUGUAUUUAAUCUAGUCUCACAGUUGUUUGUAAUGUAAGCUGUUUGUGUUAAAUGUUCAUGAAUGUGCCGUUCAGUAAUUCUAUUGUGAACAUUUGGUUCAUAUUUGAGUAUAUUUAUUAGAGAUGUUUAAGUUUUAAGAGGCUUGGCUGCCUGCUGGCUCCCCCGAGGCAGAGAGGAGGAGGAGGAAGAGGAGGAAGAAGGGGCUUUCCACACUGGAAGCAGAAGCAUUUCAUCCUUUAAGAAAUAAAUAUUGAAACUAC